AUGCGUGAAUGCAUAUCGAUACACGUGGGUCAGGCGGGCGUGCAGAUGGGCAACGCGUGUUGGGAACUGUAUUGUCUGGAGCACGGCAUACAACCCGACGGACAGAUGCCGAGCGAUAAGACCAUCGGUGGCGGCGAUGACUCGUUCAACACGUUCUUCUCAGAGACGGGUGCGGGCAAACACGUGCCGCGCGCCGUAUACGUGGAUCUCGAGCCCACGGUCGUCGAUGAG